AUGUCGGACAAGGCACAAGAAGGAAAUAUUACAACAAUACGUAGUCUUUUCUUCAAUGAAAAUGGGAAAUUGUGUAUACCAUGUGGUGCAUUUGAAAGUUUCAAAUAUUUAAAAGCCAGAACAAUGGAAAGAUACGGAACAUACAAAAGCCAACCUGCUAUCUCGAAUCAACAGAAUACAAUUACCGCUCCGGUGAUGUUGCCACCACAAGAUUUGAUUCCUGGAUCAAGAACGUAUCAGAAGGAAGAUCCACCGGAUGUACAAAAAUUAGGUGCUGAUUCAUGGACAUUUUUGCAUGCAAUGGCUGCUAAAUAUCCCGACAAGCCUACUGAUGUCCAAAAGCAAGACAUGUCAGAAUUCUUGAAGCUAUUUUCUCAUGUUUAUCCAUGUCAUUGGUGCGCUACAGAUUUCGAAAAAUACAUCAGAGAGUAUUCCCCUAGGGUAGAAUCCAAGGAAGAACUAAGCAGAUGGAUGUGUGAGGCUCAUAAUAAAGUUAACGUAAAACUUGGAAAGCCCAAAUUUGAUUGCAAUUUCUGGAAACAAAGAUGGCAUGAUGGCUGGGAUGAAAAUCAAUAA